AUGGCAGCCGACUCACUCCCAAGCUCAAACUCAAAGACACUGUCAUCCAACAGCUGUCUCUGCUCAGGCUCUAGCCAUGGAGGAUCAUCACGCUCCAGCUCUUCCGCAUCAAACCGUUGCUCCCACUGUAGCUUCCGGGCCGGAUCCCCACCUCUGGGACGCCCCUCAUCCGGAGACCGCGACAAGAACGUCCUCGACCACUUCCACCUCUCAGGCUCAGCUACGGGUGUCGCCAAUGGAAAUGACCCUCUGUCGGCCGAAAUUGGUGCUGAAUGGGAAAAUGGCCAGAAACUCGGCCAUCAAAUGCCCCAUCACAUGCCCAACUCGUCGAAAUUGAACUGA